GGGGCUUUAGGUGACAGGCCCGCGCGCUACCGCGGAAACAGGAAGUUAGCUGGGUGCGCGCCGGCUCGGACUGCAGUUCCCGGGUCUCUCGGCCACCGAAGCCGCCCUUCCCUGGUGAAAGGGCUCCUGCACCGCCCGCUGCUCCCCAUCUGCCUGGCGUUGUGCGCAGAGCUGCAAAACAUGGCUGUUGUGCCCAGCUAAGACCUGAAUGCCAUCACCCUACCCAGGGCUCUGCAGUUUUCUCGUGGUGAACCCUUGAUGGAUUUGUUGUUGCCAGAGAAAUGGCGAUGAUCGAAUUGCGGUUUGGAAGACAGAAUUUUCAUCCGUUAAAGAGGAAGAGUUCAUUGCUGUUGAAACUCAUAGCUGUUGUCUUUGCUGUGCUUCUAUUUUGUGAAUUUUUAAUCUAUUACUUAGCAAUCUUUCAGUGUAAUUGGCCUGAAGUGAAAACCACAGCCUCUGAUGGUGAACAAGCCACACGUGAGCCUGUGCUCAAAGCCAUGUUUUUGGCUGACACCCAUUUGCUUGGGGAAUUCCUAGGCCACUGGCUGGACAAAUUACGAAGGGAAUGGCAGAUGGAGAGAGCCUUCCAGACAGCUCUGUGGCUGCUGCAGCCGGAAGUCGUCUUCAUCCUGGGGGAUAUCUUUGAUGAAGGGAAGUGGAGCACCCCUGAGGCAUGGGCGGAUGAUGUGGAGCGGUUUCAGAAAAUGUUCAGACACCCAAGUCAUGUACAGCUGAAGGUAGUUGCUGGAAACCAUGACAUUGGCUUCCAUUAUGAGAUGAACACAUACAAAGUAGAACGCUUUGAGAAAGUGUUCAGCUCUGAAAGACUGUUUUCUUGGAAAGGCAUUAACUUCGUGAUGGUCAACAGCGUGGCGCUGAACGGGGACGGCUGUGGCAUCUGCUCUGAAACAGAAGCAGAGCUCAUUGAAGUUUCUCACAGACUGAACUGCUCCCGAGAGCAGGCACGUGGCUCCAGCCGGUGUGGACCUGGGCCUCCACUGCCCAUGUCUGCCCCCGUCCUCCUGCAGCAUUAUCCUCUGUAUCGGAGAAGUGAUGCUAACUGUUCUGGGGAAGACGCUGCUCCUCCAGAGGAAAGGGACAUCCCAUUUAAGGAGAACUAUGACGUGCUUUCACGGGAGGCAUCACAAAAGCUGCUGUGGUGGCUCCAGCCACGCCUGGUUCUCAGUGGCCACACGCACAGCGCCUGCGAGGUGCACCACGGGGGCCGAGUACCCGAGCUCAGCGUCCCAUCUUUCAGUUGGAGGAACAGAAACAACCCCAGUUUCAUCAUGGGUAGCAUCACGCCCACAGACUACACCCUCUCCAAGUGCUACCUCCCACGUGAGGACGUGGUUUUGAUCAUCUACUGUGGAGUGGUGGGCUUCCUUGUGGUCCUCACACUCACUCACUUUGGGCUUUUAGCCUCACCUUUUCUUUCUGGUUUGAACUUGCUCAGAAAGCGUAAGAUAAGAUGAAGAGCAGGCGCCAUUAUAAAUAUCAAAGCCCAAGAAACGGAACUUUGGGCAGAGAUCAUGUUAGAAUCAAGUGGAUGAUAAGACCAAUUACAGGCCGUCUCUCUGCACAGCACAGAAAUUCUCAAUCACUGACAUGAGUAACUGCAAAAUAAAUAGUUGAUUGUACUGUUCUCAUGCUAUAAAAGUGGACAGGUACUCUACAACAAAUCUGUUUUCUCAUUUUUAUCAAAUAUAUGUAUCAUCAAAGGUUGCAUCUGUACAGUAUGUAAAUGCUAUUAAUGUCAUCACUCACAUGCACAACAGUCCUUGUUCCCCCAGGAAGGGCCUGGUGGCCCCAGCACACACUUGGGAUUAUGUGUAUACAUAAGUAUUGGGCUGUUUCCCUC